AUGGGGCGCAACUUGAAAGACUCCAGGUGCUUCACUGUCACCCUAUUCGAUAGACACCAGUCUGAGUACACCAUUGUCGAGACGACACCGACUGGGAGCUUUUCACUUGGGACGUACCGAGUUUCCCUUCAGGAUCGUACAUGCGACUGUGGAUACUUUCAGGCUCUCCAUUAUCCAUGUUGCCAUGCGAUUGCAUGUUGUUCCCAGUCACGGCUUGACUGGUCUAUCUAUGUCGACGAGGUCUACACCAUGCAAAAGGUGUUCAGGGUGUACCAGAUGGAUUUUGUGCCGCCAAUACCAGAGGGACUUUGGCCACCUUAUGACGUUUCGACCGUUAUUCCGGACCCUAGCUUGAGGCGUUGUCGUGAUGAGCGAUCGAGGUCUACCAGAAUCCAGAAAAAUAUGGAUGAGGCCGACCCUAACCGACCAAAGCGAUGCGGGCUCUGCAGACAGCCUGGGCACACGCGUAGAUCUUGCCCCCAGAGAGGCUCCACCGUUGCUGGUAGUUCGUAG